UAGUAAAGUACACGUUAGCCACUAGAAUUACUUUAUUUCAUCCUUAGUCACUUAGAUUAGGUUAGCAGUUAAAGUUUGGUCACUAGCCAUUAGUUGCCCUUAACUUUUGAUGAUGUGGCGGUCAAAUCUUAUAAUUAUCCGUUAAAUAAAUGACGUGGUAAUUAAAAAAAUAAUUAAAAAAUUUAAUUUUUAAUAAUUUCUACCUUAUUAUUACAAUAAAUUAAAAAAAUAAUUAAAACAAAAAAUGUCAUAAUCAACGCCAUCCCAUGGCUUCUCUUCCACUCACCCCAUCAUCAACCACCAUCCCCGCCAACCUCCGCCGUCAACACUCUCCCUUUUCCCUUCUCUCUUCAAAUUUGAAACCCACCGCCGUUGGCCGAUUCAGAAGAACAAGACCCAACCUAUCUUCUCAACCAAAUGUCGGAGGAGCCGACGGUGUACGAGGCGGAGUGGGCGAUCGAUCAUGACCCUGGCUGCGUAUGUAGGCGACUACGUGAUGGAUUUCUUGAUGAUUUCGGGGUCGGAAAGGAUGCGCCGCCACGAUUUGUUGACUCAGCGGUUCGACAGGCGGCGGAGGGUGUCGGCAGCUUGGACAGGAUUUGGGUCGUCAGUUCCUCCGGCAACCCGUCAUAUCUCAUGUUUCCUUAUCCAUAUCAUCAAUCACCACAAUCAGCAUUUUGUUUCUCUUUGAUGGAAAGUGAAGAGUAAUGGGAAUAUAAUGAGAAAAGAACAAUUGCAGGUUUACUAUACUGAGUGUACAUGUAAAAAGCAAGGACCUAAUGAAAAAAAUUGCAGAAGUGCCAUACUACAAAUUACACAAACAUUGUUUUGCUUUCAUUAGCAGGCACAAAAAGUCAAAAACUAGACCAAGUCAGGGCAUGUAAUUUAAACACUUUUUAACCCGAUUUCCUUGUCAACUAGAGGUGGCAAUCAGGAUCUAAAUCCAUGAAUACAAUCCAAUCCAUCCAUUUAAUCCAAUCCAUUUGAUCUAAAUCCAAUUGGAUUGGUCCAAAUGACAAAUUACGAUUUAGUACCUACAAAUUUUAUAUUUUAUAUGAUAGAACUCAAAAUUUAUAUUUUUAUAAAAAAGUAUCAUUGGAAAAUUACAUGUACUUCUACUGCCUCACAAGCUGCAUUUCCUGAAGAAGAAAUCCCUUCUGCUCUUGAUGUCAUUACACAAGAGUUCAAAAUCAACAAAGAAUUUCUUCGCCAUGAUUUCUAUUCCCAACGAAACCGUUUUAAACGCGAGCAAUUUUUUACUGAUUACUCUAAAGAAGAACGUGUACUUAUACAAAACUCUUUCUAUGAUUAUCUCAAUAAUAUACGAGAACACCAUUCUUUCUUUAAUUGGUUCGAACAAGUCUUUUCUCAAUCUUCGAUAAAUGUUCAAACCAAGCCUAUAACUUGGUCAACUACUAAUAACUCUAAGAUCCAAUCUAUUCACCCCCCUAAUGCUCCUGUUAAUUUUUCUUAUUAUGGAACAGCAGUUCAAGCUUCUCCUUUUAAAUUAGGACGAGAAAAUAGUGACCAUGUAAAAGGAGAAGAUAUUCGACGUCUGAUUGAACAAAAAACUGGAAACUGAAUCAGUCACCUUUUCCCACAAAUUUGAUCCUUCAGACAAAACACUCAAUACCCACUCAACCUGCAAAAUCCACCAAAUUAUCCACCCUCGCCAAUGGCCUACUAGCCCAAACACCAACCAAAAAUUCCCUGCUACUAUUGCUCUUAACCACCCGCAAAUCUGCCAAUCCUUCAAUUACUGGGAUUACCAUGAAGCUUGGAUUAAUGCCUUCUUCAAGCAAAACCAUAUGUACCGACACUCCUGGAGUUUUUCUGGGAUUACAAAACUCCCAUUAUUUUCCCCAACUGGUUUAUGCACUUGUGGGAUCUUUUUGGGCCAACUGAAAAUAUCUAUCCAACUGAGAUACAAGAGGGAUAUCAAACCUUCUGUCAAAAAUAUUCUGGUCCAGGAUUCCCCCUCCUCAAAUUUUGUUACUACAUCAAAGUUCCUUGGAUUACUGCUUGGGAAUUCAGUUACCAAACAUGUGCUGUCACAAAGGUACCCAUGUUAGGCCGCAGCUUCAAAACCAAAUAUUGGGCUGCAAAUCCUCGCCCAGAACAGGCCUACAAACCUCAAGUCCUCCAAUGGUUCAAUAACAAUCCUGAAUUGUCCAAAGUUAUCGAAAAAUCCUCAACGCAAUUUUUGCAAACAAAAUCCUCAAUCAGCGCUCUCUUAGCUGGCGCCAAGACUGAAGAAGAAUACUUCCAAAUUCUCAAAGAUGUGGCGUCUAGCUCAACAUCUGACGCAGAUUCCACGUUCCAAAACCAUGACCCGGAUGAAGAAGUGCUUGGUCCUUUGCCAACAAAGAGCACUAAGUUGAAAACAAAGAAGAAGUGACCCCAUUGCUUCUUCCACUACCACAAAGACAAAGAAGAAGUGACUCCACUUCCAACCCACUAUCCUAAAGACAAAGAAGAAGUGACUCCACUUCCAAUCCAUUCAAUUUGGUUAUGGAUAGAAGAACUUAAAUUACCUAUUUUUCUUUUUAUUAAAAAUGUAAUUUUGUU